AUUGUAGUACAUAAUGUGAAAAAACAAUUUUUUGAGAAUAAUUUUAGAUAUAAAUUUAAACUUUUUGAAUUUCUGAUGUAUGUUUUAAAUUUAAACACGCUUAUUUAUUUCGCUAUACAGUCCGUUACACGAUAUAUUGCUAAAGGAAACUUGAAGUGAGAACUGUCAGUCACAAAUAAACAUUCCACACCGAUUCAAAUCGAUAAUUUGCUUAAGAGACUGAAAAUGAAAGUUUUCAGGAAGACUUUUGAUUUAGUUUGCUUAAAAUGUUACAACUAUGGGUAAAGCUAGCGGAUUCAGUUGAUAUUUCAAAAUUACUAAGUUCAAGAUUCCAGAAUUGUACAUAAAAUAUUACCAUAGUAGUGCUGCUACAGGGGACAAGAUGCUAGGCAGAAAACAAAGUCUUAAAGGGGAACCAGUCCUCGCGGACUACGGUCCCGAAGAGUCCCUUAAUGAAAGCGCUGACAUAGAAUGGGUAAACAAGCUAUGGGUGAGAAGAAUUUUAAGACUUUGUGCUCUAAUGAGUUUAGUAUCUGUAUCACUGAAUACUCCUAAGUCAUUUGAAAAAUAUCCUUCCCUUCAAACAAUUACAUUUGCUGUAGACUGCUCUGUGACUCUAUUUUUCACUGCAGAAAUGAUUGCCAAAAUGCACAUUAGAGGAAUACUUAAGGGAGAUGUAGCCUAUUUGAAAGAUCACUGGUGCCAGUUUGAUGCAUCUAUGGUAUUUUUCUUAUGGGUAUCAGUUUUGCUGCAAAUGUUUGAGUUGACAUUGAUUGUGCCAAGAUACAGCUACCUCAGCAUUUUGAGGGCACCCAGGCCUUUAAUCAUGAUAAGAUUUCUGAGAGUAUUCUUGAAAUUUUCUAUGCCAAAAUCAAGAAUUAAUCAGAUAUUUAAGAGAUCAAGCCAGCAAAUUUAUAAUGUGACAUUGUUCUUCCUUUUCUUCAUGUCACUGUACAGUUUGCUGGGGGUGCAAUUCUUUGGAGAACUCACCCAUCAUUGUGUCAGAAACACAACUAGUCCUAAUGAUAUAACAAUUAACUCUCUGGCCAUUCCUGACACAUUUUGUUCACCUGAUCCUGACUCUGGCUACCAGUGUCCUAAAGGAAUGAAGUGUAUGAAACUCAACCUGUCCAAAUACAUCCAGGGGUUUCAAGGAUUUGAGGAAUUUGUGACAAGUUUGUUUACGGUGUACCAGGCAUCUUCUCAGGAGGGAUGGGUAUUUAUUAUGUACCGAGCCAUUGACUCAUUGCCAACAUGGAGGUCUGCUCUUUAUUUUAGCACCAUGAUCUUCUUUUUAGCCUGGCUAGUGAAGAAUGUCUUCAUAGCCGUGAUUACUGAAACAUUCAAUGAGAUAAGAGUUCAGUUCCAGCAAAUGUGGGGGGUAAGGAACCCAAUAACGAAAGGAAGCACCACACAGUUCUUCACUGGGGAUGAUAACUGCUGGAAACUGGUCACUAUUGAUGAAAAUAAACAUUCAGGUACUGCCCCGGAAAUUUUCCACAAAAUGUUAAGGUCAGCGUACUUUCGGCUACUAGUCAUGGGCGUCGUGCUAGCUAAUGGCAUUAUAACGGCUACUAUGAAUUUCAAACACGAUGGCAAUCCAAGAGAAUUUUUCUACGAGAAAUACUACUAUAUUGAGAUUGCGUUUACUAUAUUCUUGGAUUUAGAGGCCCUGAUUAAAAUAUGGUGCCUGGGUUGGAAAGGCUAUUUUAAACAUUCUGUCCACAAAUUUGAACUGCUAUUGGCUAUAGGAACGACAAUUCACAUAAUACCCCAGCUCUACAUGUCAGGCUUUACAUACUUUCAGGUUCUACGAAUCGUAAGAUUAAUCAAAGCGUCGCCAUUAUUGGAAGGAUUUGUGUACAAGAUAUUUGGUCCUGGAAAAAAAUUAGGAAGUCUCAUAAUUUUUACAAUGUGUUUGUUAAUUAUUAGUUCUUCAAUCUCAAUGCAGUUGUUCUGUUUCUUGUGUGAAUUUACAAAGUUUGAGGCCUUUCCCGAGGCUUUUAUGUCUAUGUUCCAAAUAUUGACUCAAGAAGCGUGGGUAGAAGUAAUGGAUGAAACCAUGGUUCGGACAAGUCAGACGUUGACUCCAUUGGUGGCUAUAUACUUCAUUUUAUACCAUCUAUUCGUCACACUGAUCGUGCUUUCGCUUUUCGUAGCGGUAAUCUUGGACAAUUUGGAGUUAGACGAAGAUAUAAAGAAAUUGAAACAGCUGAGAUAUCGUCAACAGAGUGCAGAGAUAAAAGAGAGCUUGCCAUUUCGUUUAAGAAUCUUUGAGAAAUUUCCCGACAGCCCGCAAAUGACCAAGCUUCAUAAAGUACCUGGAGACUUCAAUUUGCCAAAGGUCCGUGAGUCGUUCAUGCGCCAGUUCGUAUGCGAAGAGCUCGAGGAAGAAGCCACGGGAGCGCCGGUGAAGCCGCGCGCGCCGAACGGCGACGAGUCGCGCCGCGCGUACGUCGGCGCCGACAAGAUCUCCUUCCCGUACCGCAAGCGGUGCUUGGUUAAGACGCUGGUGGUGGCGCCGCCGUCGCAGCGACCCAGCUCGGCUCUGAGGCGGCACGUUGUCGCUUCUAUUAUAGAAGAUUCGAACAAUCACCGCAUGGUUCUAGGAGAUUCCGCUAUGUUGGCGACGGGAGGCAAAUCGGGAUUAAAGUCACAGGGAACCAUUUCUAGUGCGAAACAGUUGCGGGUGGAUCAAAAGAAAUUCGGGUCCCGAUCCAUAAGGCGGUCUGUGCGCAGCGGCUCCAUCAAGCUAAAGCAGACGUACGAGCACUUGCUCGAGAACGGUGACAUAGGCGCCGCGUCCCGCGUCGUGCCGUCCUCACGGGCACGACCUCCGUACCUCGACAUACGCCUGCUGCAGGCCAAGCGACAGCAGGCCGAGAUGAGAAGGAAUCAGCGAGAAGAAGAUCUUCGUGAAAACCAUCCUUUGUUUGACACGCCGCUGUUAAUAGUGCCGAGAGAGUCGCGCUUCAGAAAAAUCUGCCGCGCCAUCGUGGACGCGCGGUACGAUGCUCGCCUGCGCGACCCCGUCACUGGGAACGAGAGGAAGGUGCACUACAAGAGUUUUCAUAACUUCCUGGGAUUAGUGACUUAUUUAGACUGGGUGAUGAUCAUGGUCACUACUCUGUCAUGCUUUUCUAUGAUGUUCGAAACACCUACCUACAGGGUUAUGGAAAAUUUCGUUCUACAGAUUGCGGAAUACGGAUUCGUAGUAUUCAUGAGUUUCGAGUUGGCACUAAAAAUCUUAGCCGACGGCUUAUUCUUUACUCCGAAAGCGUAUCUCAAAGAUGCGGCAGCAGUUCUGGAUGUUUUCAUUUACAUUGUGUCCCUGACGUUCCUGUGCUGGAUGCCGCGGCGCGUGCCGCCGGGCUCGGCGGCGCAGAUGCUGAUGAUCCUGCGCUGCGUGCGGCCCCUGCGGAUCUUCACGCUCGUGCCGCACAUGAGGAAAGUCGUCUACGAGCUGUGCCGCGGCUUCAAGGAGAUACUGCUGGUAUCAACGCUUCUUAUACUACUGAUGUUUGUGUUUGCUAGUUACGGCGUACAACUAUACGGAGGAAGGUUAGCGCGAUGCAACGACCCCACAAUUUUGGAACGAGAAAACUGUGUGGGAGUUUUUAUGAGACGAGUGUUCGUUACUAAGAUGAAGAUCAGACCCGGGCCGAAUGAGACGUUUCCAUCUAUGCUGGUGCCUAGAGUGUGGGCAAACCCGAAGCGGUUCAACUUUGAUAACAUUGGCGACGCAUUGUUGACGUUAUUUGAAGUUCUUUCAUUUAAGGGGUGGCUGGACGUCCGCGACGUCUUGAUAAAAGCACUUGGCCCUAUGCAUGCUAUAUACAUACACGUAUACAUUUUCCUGGGGUGCAUGAUUGGACUUACCCUGUUCGUUGGCGUCGUGAUUGCGAACUAUUCCGAAAACAAAGGCACCGCCCUGCUUACUGUUGAUCAAAGGAGAUGGUGUGACUUAAAGAAGAGGUUGAAAAUUGCCCAGCCGUUGCAUUUGCCGCCGCGGCCCGACGGGAGGAAAGUGCGUGCCUUCGCUUAUGACGUAACCCAGCACAUCAUUUUCAAGAGGUUCAUAGCAAUAGUCGUGCUUAUUAACAGCGGGCUGUUGGUUGUCACUUGGUCUCGCGACUCUUCAUCGACGGAGCAGCUGGCGCUAGUAUCGGCGCUGCUGACGCUCGUGUUCGUGGUGGAGGUGCUGCUGAAGACGGUGGCGUUCACGCCGCGCGGCUACUGGCAGAGCCGCCGCAACCGCUACGACUUGCUCGUCACCGUGGCCGGCUGCAUCUGGGUGUUCAUGCACUUCACGCUCAAGAAUGACUUAUCGUACUUCGUGGGCUUCAUGGUGGUGAUCCUCCGUUUCUUCACGAUCACCGGCAAGCACACGACGCUGAAGAUGCUCAUGCUGACGGUCGGCGUGAGCGUCUGCAAGAGCUUCUUCAUCAUCUUCGGCAUGUUCCUGCUGGUGUUCUUCUACGCGCUGGCUGGGACCAUCGUCUUCGGGAACGUUAAAUAUGGAGAGGGGAUUGGGAGACGCGCAAAUUUCAACUCGCCGAUCCACAGCGUUGCAAUGUUGUUCCGCAUAGUGACGGGCGAGGACUGGAACAAGAUAAUGCACGACUGCAUGGUGGCGCCGCCGUACUGCACGCCCGCCGACAACUACUGGGAGACCGACUGCGGGAACUUUACCGCCUCGCUGGCUUACUUCUGCACCUUCUACGUCAUCAUCACGUACAUCGUGCUCAAUCUACUUGUCGCUAUUAUCAUGGAGAACUUUUCAUUAUUCUAUUCAAAUGAAGAGGACGCUCUGUUGUCAUACGCCGACAUCAGGAAUUUCCAGAACACCUGGAAUAUUGUCGACGUGCAUCAAAAGGGCGUUAUACCUGUAAGAAAGGUGAAGUUCAUUUUGCGCCUGUUGAAAGGUCGAUUGGAAUGCGACACGCACAAAGAACGGUUGUUAUUCAAGUACAUGUGUUACGAACUAGAACGACUUCAUAAUGGCGAAGAUGUAACUUUCCAUGAUGUUAUAAAUAUGCUCUCAUACCGAACGGUGGACAUUCGCAAAUCGUUGCAAAUGGAAGAGUUACUCGCCAGGGAGGAGUUCGAGUUCCUCAUCGAGGAGGAGGUUGCGAAGCAGACCAUCCGCACCUGGCUCGAGGGCUGUUUGAAGAAGAUACGCGCUAACAGCAGUAAACAACAAACAAGUUUAAUCGCUGGUUUAAGAAAAACUAAUGAGCAAGUGGUCGAUAUGGCCGAGAAACUGGAGAAAGAGAAACAGGAAGCAGAAGCCCAGACCAGCGCCAACGCCGGUCGUACAGAAAUCACAGAAUCCACAUCGCAACCAGCAAUAUCGAACAUAACAUCGUCCUUCGAUUCACAACCUAAGAGAUCCUCCACAAAGCAGCCCUUCAAAAGGCCCGGUCUACCAUCCAUCGCGAUUUUACCCAGGCCUGAAAGUCCUGAAAGUAAGAAGAGGUAUUUACAACCGACCCUGAGUGACCCACAUCCGGCUCUCAAUAAAAAAUCUCCACCCGCAUCCGCAGCCGCAGCCGCAGUGAAGAGCAGCACGCGGCCCGCGCACAACAGCCCCGCGCCGCGCGCCGAGCAGCCGGCGCUCAGCGACGUGCACUCCUGGUGGGGCGCGCAGCUCGCGCGGCACGCGCUGCAGGACCGAGACUAGCUGCCGACACAUCCGCAGUGAAGAGCAGCCGGCGCUCAGCGACGUGCACUCCUGGUGGGGCGCGCAGCUCGCGCGGCACGCGCUGCAGGACCGAGACUAGCUGCCGACACAUCCGCAGUGAA